AUGCACCGCAAGCAUCAUGGCACGGAUGGACUAAACACCAUCAGCCUGGUAACUCAGGUUCUGGGCUCCAGCAUCGUCACGCUGGUCGUGGCUUUGCGGUUCGUGGUCAAAUUCUCGCUGCGGAUGCCGUGGGUGGGGGAAGACGUGUUGUGCAUUGUGGCAUGGAUUCUGUAUAACGUUCACAACGCCUGCGCCAUCGUGUAUACCUACAUCCAGGGACCGACCACGACCCACAUGACGCCGGAUGAAAUGGCCACCAAAUCCAAAGUCUUCUACGCUACCAGCCUGGUGUUCUCACCCAUGAUCCUAAGCAUCAAACUGACUAUCCUCUACGUCCUCACACGUCUGUUCCACCGCUUCCAACGCGUCUAUAUCGUCUACAUCUUCGAGGUUCUCCUAACACUAUACUACAUCGCCAUCCUAGUUGCUAAGGUUUUCAUCUGCAACCCAAUCAGCGCCUACUGGGCCGUGGUGCAUCCGCGAUGGAACGAGCAAUGCCGAGACCGACGGGGCGUAAUCAUCGCGGACAGCAGCGUCAGCGUGGCGACGGAUCUGGCCAUAUUGGGGUUCUCGGCGGCGCUGACGUGGCCGUUGCGGAUGGGGCGCACGCAGAAGCUGUCUGUCAUUGCCGUUCUAGGGGCGGGCAGUGCUGCCGUGGGGUUUAGCUUGUAUCGACUGGUACUUGUGUUGGGCUUUGCGAUGGGGGAACAGAUGAGGUUGAUAUUGAGGAUCUUGAUGUCGGAUACCGCCGAAGGUGGCAUCGGGUUGAUAUGCGCAUGUUUGCCAACAUUGAAGAAGUUGGUAGAAGUCGUGGUUGGAAAGCAUCAUGCUGAGAAGCAGGAGGACGCGCGGAGUGACCAGGGACCGAUUAUCUCGUCAGAGCACACUCUACCGGCGCUGAAUACGAUACCAAGCAGUGUGUCGCGGGUGUCGUGA